AUGCGAUGCUGCCAUUCUCAGCCGUUCCAGAUUUUGGAGGGUGGCAGCGGCACCAGUUUCAAAGGCUCUGCAGCGCCGGAGCGCUUGCUCCGGGAGGAGGUGUUUAGCUUUGAUUCCAGCCGCUAUGAUCUCAGAGGACUGGCGGCCAGGCUUCUGGCAGAGGCUGGGCCUAUGGUCGGCUUCGGCUGCUUUGUCGGGUCCUCUCUGGCCUUGGAGCGCUUCCGGGCAGAGGAGAGGACCUUCAGCUCGUUUGCCUACGAGAAGGCAUGGAGACGCUGUGUCCUGGGCUGCCCGGCCUUCCUGGCCUGCUACGACCGUUUUCUGGAAGAGGUCAUCUGCCCACGCCUAAGGGAAAGGCUGGAGGAGGCUGGCCCUGUGACUUUCUACUGCCAGCACCCGCCGACGGUCCGACUGCAGCCAGGGCGCAGUAGGCGAUCUCGAAUGCUGCACGCGGACGAGAGAUACGGCCACCAAGCAGGCGAGAUUAACUUCUGGAUGCCACUUACGGACUACAGCUUGACCAGGACGACACUCUGGAUCGAAUCCUCGCCGGGAGAAGGCGACUUCCAUCCGGUCGAAGUCCAGCCCGGUGAUGUUGCUAUGUUUCAUGGGACGCUGGUGCGGCACUUUGUUCCGCCCAAUCGCUCUGAGCACACGCGGGUAUCCAUGGACUUCCGAAUCGGGGUUGGCCGCCAUUUCGACCCCGACUGGCGUAUGCUGGGGCUACAGCACUACCACCCGCGGCGGACCGUUGUGCUGUGA